AUGAACGUAGCCAAACGCAUGGUGAACGCUGCCGUGCGCAGCCGCUCGUAUGCCACCAUGUACGUUCCCCCAGCUUCCCUCGAGAACGUAGUUGUUCGAAGACAGACACCAAAACGUACGCCGGAAUCGCCCAAUUUCUACACAGGCCGUGCCGCAUACUUCGACCAGGUCAAUGCUCUAGAACUUGCUCUUCAGCAUACACGCUCCGCUUUACAGACUCUUCAGCUUCUUCCUUUGCCAAGUUUUGUGCGCGAGUCCAUCCCACCAGGACACCACGUGUGGUUGACCAAGCUCGGCCUCACCGAAAUGCUCAAUGCGCCUCUAACAACCUCUAGAUAUCGCCGCUUGCUUGGACUCCUCAACCAGCUUGACAACUACCGCCGCAUAGCUGAGGUUGCAGGCGUUGAAGGUCUAGCAUCUCGUGUCGCUGACGUCCUGGAGAUUUUUGAACGCGAAAACAAAGAGGCUUUCCUUGCACGAGGGAAGAGAAAGCCCGUCGAGUUUGAUGAGUAUGGACGCAGUUAUACUGUCGGAAGAAGAAAAGAAAGCGCGGCGCGUGUUUGGGCCAUCGCCGUGCAGAAACAAACUCCAGAUGCACCGUCAGCCAGUACUGAGGACCAACCACUCGACCCAUUACCGCAGCUAACGCCGACCAUCACGUCCGCCAUGGGGGAUUCUCCCCUACCUCCCACAGAAAUAACGUCUACCAAUGUUCUCAUCAACAACAUCCCACUCUCGCAAUUCUUUCCUCUUCCCGCCGAUCGUGAACGUGUUGUCCGCCCGCUCAAGAUCGCUGGCCUGGUUGGUGCCUACAACAUAUUUGCAUUGGUACGGGGCGGUGGUACUACUGGUCAGAGCGGCGCUAUCAGUUUGGGUAUCGCAAAGGCGUUAGCUGCUCAUGUCCCAGACGUCGAACCGCUUUUGCGCAGAGCAAAACUCCUCAGGCGUGAUCCCCGUAUGGCAGAGAGAAAGAAAACGGGACGUGCCAAGGCGCGGAAAGCAUACACCUGGGUCAAACGUUGA